GGGCCGGGGCGCGGCGCGGAGCGGGAGGCGGCGGCGGGGCCGCGGGGCCGGCGGAGCCGUGUUCGCGGUGCGGGGGCCCGAGAGGACCGGACGGAUGGGCAGCGGCUGGCGAGGCUGCCCAUGUGCCCCUGCCCGCCGGGGGCCCCCCCGCCAUGGCCAUCGUGCAGACGCUGCCAGUGCCCCUUGAGGCCGUUUCCGAGGGGGCCACGCAGCUCCGCGCCACCGCCCGCUCACCCCCUGCCGCCAUGGGCAGCGUGGGCAGCCUCCUGCCCGUCCGGCCUCGCCACGACUGUGCAAGUGAUGGGGACCCCUCCACCGCCUCCUUCUGCAAGCAGGAGGGGCUACUCCGAGCCACUCCUGAGGAGCCCCGUGUGUCUGUGCCCGGUGUCACCCACUCCUAUGCCAAUGGGGGCUUCUGUGCGGACUGGCUUGAUGCCUCCUCUCCUGCCAGCCCCUGUAGCGACUCAGAUGAUCUCCGUGAUGACCAAGCACCAAGUGAUCACCUUCGGGGGCCGCCCCCCAAGCUUGUACCUGUCUCUGGCAAGCUGGAAGAGGUGAGGGGGGCAGCAGCAGGGUGGGUGGAUGUGUGA